AUGGAGAUCUCCUCCGUGCAAAACCUGUGCAGAUACUUGAUUUCCAGUGCGAUUCAACGAUGCCGCAAGUCCGACGAACUCUGUCGAUUAACAAUUUUGCUCAAGCCUUUUCCACAAUUUCGACCUCCAACCGUUCGAAUUUCAGUUUCAGAUACAGGUGUUGGGAUCAAUCUGGAAGAGUACGAGGCUCUAAAAUUUUCCAGUCAUCCUAUAUUGGCCAGUAAAUGGGAUGGUGUAAUUUCAAUCACAACCACCAGCAUCUCCGAUAGGGAAGUUCAUAAUUUCAGCUUGAACCUAAAAGAAGUGGUUCCUGCAACAAGGUUGACAAAGCUGUCAUCAGCAUUGAAAAAUGGUGCAAAGUUCAGUGGGACUGAAGCUUCUCUGUCAACUGCCGAAAGCUUAAGUGACAUAUUGGCAGACAUAAGAUUAUAUCUCCAGAAGAUCUUCAUCGUGAAAAUACCUAAAGUUGCAGUGGAAUUUUUGGUGGAUAAUUGCAGUGUUCCAGGAUUACACUCACAAAAUUGUGUCCUUGCAAUUGACUUUAGUACUUUACCAUCUACUGCAACAAAUAUUGAACAUCUGAAGUCAGGUUUUGAGGAAUAUGUUCUCAAGCAUGGAAAUAGACUGGAAAAUAUUUGUGACUCAUGUUUCUCAAAUAUGUCAAAUGUAAAGGUUGGUGCUGGUAUGAGCAGCAGAUCAGGCUCAGUUCCAAGCAAAAGUCAGAUGGUGGAAGCUGUGGUGAUUUUGAGUGUAGUGUCAGAACAAAUCUUGCCUUCUUGUUGCAGGCCUUGUGGCACAAGAACAGAGGUCUUAUGCUUUAAGGACUUUGCACCUUGUACUCUUACUCAAGCAUCUUUAGAUGCAUUAACUAGCAUGAAGUGGAAAGAUUAUGGUCUUACUCUCAAAAGUAUUGCUGAUCAAGAUAAUGCUGUUUUGUUGGAGUGGGAGAGCCUGCAGCCAAAUGUCCACAUUGAUAUUGUCCUCCAUAGCUACAGUAGAGAAAACAUUUCAAUAAUACCUAGAGCAGGAAACAAACAAACAGAUCGAGCUCUCAUUCAGAAAGCUAUGAAGCUCGCCUUCACUGAGUUAAAAGAAAAGAACAAUGGCUCUCUUCUUAGUGCUCAUGCACUUAAAAUCCAGAAUUAUGCACCUGACCUUGCAAAAACAAUGGCUGGUCUGAUUUUGUCAUCAUUUGACCUGGACUUUCAAGAAGAAUGCUUCUCAAUCCUUGGAUUGCAAACCCAGGACGUGGAAAGAAGCGAAGUUGAAAACUGCAUAAAGGAAAAGAUUUCUUCAGUUGUAGGCUUGAAUGAUAGAAAGCCCCAGAAAAGCAGAGAGCCUGCAACUUUUCUGUUCAGUGAUGAUUGCUCUGUAUCAGAGUAUUUGGAUGAAGAAUAUGAAGAAGGUGAGGAAAUGCUUUGCUCAUUUGCAAUGUAG